AUGCCUCUCGAUGAAGAAGGCGCUAAGUGGUCCUGUGAACCCUGCAUUCGUGGUCAUCGCUCUUCAAAAUGCCAACAUUUCGACCGUCUGAUGAUGAAGGUACCCAAAGCGGGGCGACCGUUAGCCAAGUGUCCCCACCCCAAGGGAACCUGCAGCUGUCAAAAGACAUAUGCUUUCAUGGUGCGGAUUCCAAAAGGCUCGACCUGUUUAUGUCGUCCGCUCUACAAAGUACCUGUUGCCGACAAUGAUUCAGAACAGUCACUUCCUUCCAUGCCCAAGGUAUCGUCACCAACUUCGGGCAAAGUCCAAAAGCCAGGAGCAAGACGACAGAGCCAUAUCCAAGCAACCCCAGAGAACAUUGCAAAGGCACUAGAAGCCAUGUCGGAUAACGUGAAACUGGAAGAUGGAAUCCCUAACUUUAUGGCAAGCCCUGCUCUUCAUCAACCGGCUCAAAAUGGUGUUGUUCACACGGCCACAGCUGCGGCCACAUCUCUCUCCCAUGAAGUCGCCAGGACAAAUCCACAGGUAAAUGGAUCAAGUUGUUGUUCCCAGAAGACUGAAACUUCACCUCCAGUCUCACUCGGUGUAGGAUCCUGCUGCAGCGGAAAACCGACAGAUUCUUCAACAUCUCACGCUCUCUCGCAGCCAGAGCAACCAAAAAUGAACCAUUCCGCUGCUGCUUCAUGGGACGAGAUGUCUUACGUGGAUUACUCGUCUCCACAGACUUUGUGGCAAAGUUCCAUGACCGCCUCACAAGGACAGUUCAUGCAGUCUUUUGGAAUACAGGACUCUCAAAGCCAUCAAGGCCAGUCCCUUUACAUCAACAACUACCAACCUAACAUGACAUCUGCGCAGUACUCUAGCGCUGUCAAUGGUCUGGGCAUUGCGGCUAUCUCGCACAAUGUCAUACCCCCAUUUGCAACGCACGCCCAGAUUCCAACCCACACAGCCACCAAUAGUAGCGACCCCUGCCACGACUGCAAGUGUGGAGAUGAAUGCCAAUGUCUAGGAUGCGCAGCUCACCCAUUCAACAACACAACCCGCCAGCGCGUCCAAGAAAUGGGGGUAAUGAUGGCCUUUAAUGGCGAGGAGCACAUUUCAGAUGCAAUGGCAAAAACCUACCAGCCAUCGCCCUUUGGAAAUACUACCUCGACUCUGAACUAUUUCAUGCAGCAUGCGCCCUCAAUGGAUCGUGUGGGUAUGCAUCACCAAUCAUCCUUCGACCAGUACUCAGACCCAACCCCGACGAUGCCGAGUGGCUAUCCGUCACCUCUCCCAGCAUCCAAUCACUCGCUGAACCAGCAGUUGAUGCAUCCGUCGGAAUACUACACUUUGGAAUACCCAGUCGGAAUCCCUUCCACCUGCUCCGAUGUCACAGGUAGUUGUCAGUGUGAAAACGAUUGUAGUUGUGUUGGCUGUCUCACUCACAGCGGCCACAAUGGCGUACCACUCGCUUCGCAGAUCCCCGACCAUGCUGUUCCAGCUCCUGGUCAUCAAGACUCUCCUCACAACCAACACCAGAGCCAGGAACAGAGCCAGGUGUCCCCUCCCAGCUCUCAACAAUCUCACAUUUCAGAGUUGGAGAACAUUCAGUGCCCUGCUUAA